CGCACUUUGGGAAUUGAGACUUUUCUUUCUCUUUUGUAUUUCCCCCAGAAAAUGAGAGAAAGUAUCUAAAGGAAAGACAUCUACACGUUCUUUUUCCCGUCUCGUAGUGUGAAAUGCGAGUAUGGAGAAGAAAAGAGAGAUCUGUGAGUACAGAGAGAGACUUGACAAGACCUUGUCGUCUCCUGACCUCACCAAUCACCAAACUCUUAAAACAUUAAUCAGACAACAACUGAAUCAAGAAUGUACUGUGAAUGUAUUGGAUCAAAGAGUAUCUGAUUUAUCUAGUAUACUUGAGAAGCUUAGGAGUGCAUCAACAAAGGAUCAAGAGUUGUCUCAAUCAACCAACGAAACAUCGUACGCUGAUUGGAAAGUGAAACAUGAUCAUGAAGAUUGUCGUGUUAUGUACCGUGAAGGACUUGAAGGAAGUCCAUUUCACACAUUGCUCGUUGAAGGUUACAUGGAUGGCCCUAUCCAAGACUGUUUAUGUGUAUCAUGGGAAUCAUCACUCUACGAGAAAUGGUGGCCAAACUCUGCAUUUCCAGCAUUUAAGAUAUUACAAACUAAAAGUUUGCAAAAGUCUCGGUUCAAUGAGCAGAUAUGUUUAGUGAGGAUGAAAGUACCGUGGCCAAUGGCAAACAGAGAAGCUCUUGUGCAGUUUUUCUUGUUCGAAUAUUUUAAAGACGGUUUAGUCAUCAUUCUACUAAACACGAUCUCAAAAUCAGAAGUAGAGAACUUCGAAAAGAACGGUGUAUAUGAAUCAGCAGAUGCUGUGAGGGUUGAUUUAUUAGGUGGAGUUGCUAUACAAAAGGUUUCUCCAGAGAGGAGUUACUUAAGAUACAUAUCGGAGAUUGAUAUAAAGCUUGACUUGGUCCCUCCAUCUUUAAUAAAUUUGGUGUCUAGGCAGCUUCUUGGCAACGGUUUCAAACUUUUCAAGAAGACUAUUGGUUCGGUGGCUAAAUCUGAUGAUUACAGCAGAGUUUUAGCUGAUCCAUUGUAUACUAUGAUACGUCAAGCUCUGUAUUCAACUGAUAAAAGUGAUGUCCGUAGCCAAGAAGGUCGAGUUUGUGAAGAGAAAGAAGGACAUUACAAAACUGAACCUUCACAUUGCAAAAGAGAUGUUAUUGAGAUUGAGGAAGAAGAAUGUGAUGAGAAUAAAAGUGUUUCUUCUUCCUCGGAAGAGGAGGAUGAAAGUUACAUUGGGAAGACCUACAAUGGUAAAACACUUUUCUGUUUAAGUCCAGAGGUGAAGCAAGCUUUAGGGACAUUGGAGAAAGUGAUAACAAUGGUUAGAAAAUCCAGAACAGAUAAUAAUAAUAAGACAUUAUCAACCUCUUUAGAAGAAGAAGAAGAAGCAUCAUCAUCACCAAAGCUGAAUUUAGAAAGAAAUGAGAUUGUUUCAAGUAGCAAAGUUUGUAUUCAAGAUCCUAACACUGAGGUUCUUGAUGAAGCAGCGUCACUCACACAUUAUCACCACAACAACAACAACAAUAGGCGAAGUGGAUCAAGUUCUUUUGCAAGAGAAGGCAACAAAAUAGCUCCUACCACAACCCCAGAGGUCACUAGGAUAACAAUCUCACAAGCCACAACUCUUUUCAGCCAAACAGAAGAGAAUAGUGACAACAAACCAAGCGGGCUAAAUGGAGGUAAGAGCUCGGUUCUGCAGAGGAAACGUAGACCGCGCUGCUUUGGAAUCAGGUCAUGGAUGAGAAGAACCUGAAAAUAGGGAUCGUUAAAGCCAAAGGUGUUUGUGUCUUUAAAAGUUGCAAAGAGUUUAUAGCAAAUACUACAACAUAUAGUCUAUAUGUAUACAAGGAAACAUCAGAUUGUUUCUGGUCACACAUUGGGUAGUUUAAGAUUUGCAACAACUACAUAUAGUUUAUCCCAAGUUUUUAAAGUGCAGAUUAAAACCU